AUGGCUAUUCAAAAGGUCGCGGUUGUUGGGGCCUCAGGUACUCUUGGUACCAAGGUCGUCGAGGCUCUCCUUAGUGCUGGCUUCGACGUCACAGCCAUCACCCGAAACGAGUCAACAGCCACCUUUCCCGAGAAAGUCGCAGUCAAGAAAGUUGACAUCAGUUCUGUUGAUUCCGUCAAGGACGCGAUCGCUGGCCAGCACGCAGUCGUUUCCACAGCAGCUACAGCAGCCGCCGGAAACCAAAAGGUCAUCAUCGACGCUGUCAUUGCCGCCAAGGUCCCGAGAUUCAUCCCCUCCGAGUUUGGAAUUCCAUCUCGAGAGUAUCGUGAUACCAAGAUUGGUGGUCUACUUGCGCCCAAGAUUCGAAACACAGACUAUCUGAUCGAACUUGCAAAGCAGCAUGAGUGGUUCUCCUGGACUGGGGUUUCCAACGGACUGUUCUUGGACUGGAGCAUUCGAAGCGGCAGAAGCUUUGUCGACCUCAAGAACCACAAGGGCACCAUCGUUGACUCGGGCAACGAGCCCUACUCUACCAGCACACUCGGUUUCAUCGGCCAAGCCGUAGCCGCCGUCCUAAAGAAGCCAGACGAUACGGCAAACAAGUACCUCGACAUUGCUGGUGUGGUCACCACGCAGAAUGAAGUCCUCCGGGUCGCCGAGAAGGUGACGGGAGCCAAGUUCGAGAUCUCACACGUAAGCGGUGCCGAUCUGGAGAAGAUUGGCGAUGAGAAGCUUGCGAGACAUGAUUACAGUGCCUUUGGAGAGUACAUUCAGCAGUUUUUGUUUGCUGAUGGAGCAGGUCAUGCACUCAAACCAGAGAAGAGUGCCAACGCGCUUCUUGGCUUGGAAGGGGAGAAUCUUGAGGAUCUGAUUAAGAGUAUUGCAGAUGAAUUAUGA